GGAUGAUGGAGUCCGACUCGCUUCACUUCCUCUACCCUAACAUUAGAACCCGAGGGGCACCUCUGCCCUCUUCUCUGCCCCAGUAAAUGAGAAUUCUUCGCAAGGGUUUCCUUGACGUUCUUUCCUGCUCUCUUCAGCUCGUCAAUGUGGGAGGGAGGGACAUAGGUCGUAGUAUAACUCCUUUUGCUUCUUGUGGACCUCUCACAUUUAUUUCUGGGAACCUUGAGGUCUGCUACACAACGUCGUCCCUGGCACCCACAUCUUUCGACCAAGAACCAAAUCAGACCAAAAGGGAAUCUCUAGUUUCUCAUAACCUAGAGGAAGAAGUGUAUGCUCAACAUAUCAGGAGAGUGAUUUUGAAAGUUAAGAAUGGUACCGUUGAAGAUGUUGUUCAAUCUCUUAAGGGUGAUGGAUUUUGUUGUGAAAUUCAACUGACAGCUAACCUUGUGGACAGUCUGCUGCAAAAGUUUGGAGAUGAUUGGAAAUCUGCUUUGGGUUUCUAUGAGUGGGCUAGUUCACACAAGGGAUACAAACAUACACGGUUUGGACAUGAUAGGAUGGUGGACUUGCUGGGAAAAAUGAGGCAAAUGGAUCGAAUGUGGGAUUUGGUGCACAAAAUGCAUAGCGAAGGCUUCAUAACACUGGACACAAUUGCAAAAGUCAUGAGAAGACUUGCAGGGUCCAGGAGAUGGAGAGAUGUUGUUGAGUUUUUUGACGAGUUAGAAUAUAUGGGUUUUGUUAAGGAUACGGAGACCAUGAACCUUCUACUUGAUACUCUUUGUAAAGAAAAAAAAGUUGAAGUUGCUCAUGUAGCUUUUUUUGAGCUCAAGAAUCACAUAUCCCCAAAUGCUCAUACUUUUAAUAUUUUUGUCCAUGGCUGGUGUAAUGCUCAUAGAGUUGAUGAGGCAUUGUGGACUUUCCAAGAGAUGAAAGACUUGGGAUUCAAACCUUCAGUCAUUACAUACUCAAUUAUUAUUCAAGCUUACUGUAACCAAUGUAAUGUCGGAAAGGCUUAUGAACUUCUUGAUAAAAUGGUUGCUGAUGGUUGCCUUCCAAAUAUAGUCACUUACACUAUUCUUAUGAAUUCACUUGCUAAGGCACAAAAAUUUGAUGAGGCCUUGAGUAUAUUUGAGAAAGUGAAAUCUGCUGGUUGCAUACCUGACACAUUAUUCUACAACUCUCUUAUCAACAUUCUAGGGAGAGCAGGUCGACUUCCAGAAGCCUUUCAUAUCUUUGAGAAGGAGAUGAAAAUGAAUGGUGUGAAUUGUAGUAUAUCCACAUAUAAUACAAUGAUCUCAAUUUCGUGUCUUCAUAAACAAUGGCAAAGUGCUCUGAAUGUCUUGGAGAAAAUGAAAAGUUCAUCUUGUAAGCCUGAUCUUCAGACAUACAGGCCACUACUUAAGUUAUGCUUUAGUGAGGGAGAACUGGAUGUCCGGAUUCACAGCUUGCUGAAUGACAUGGCUGAUAAAUAUCAUCUCAGUUUUGAUCUUGAUACUUACACAACUUUGAUCCAUGGCCUAUGUAGUGUAGGUGAUAUUGGAUGGGCCACUCUCCUCUUUGAUGAGAUGAUAGAUCGAGAGAUUCUGCCUAGGAAACAAACAUGCAAGAUGCUUUUGCAAGAAGUUGAACAAAGAAACAUGUAUGAUUAUGUAGAGAAGAUAAGAAUGUUGACAAAGCAACUAUAAAGCUCACAUUAGUUUAUCUAUAUCUAUUUAAUUUGCGUAGACAGAGGACCUUUUUUGACAUAGAAAGGUGAAAUUUAGUUUUUUUUCAUGUGAUGCAUUGGUAUGUAAAUAGACUGUACUCUCAUUGAUCAGAUAAAUUUUGUUCAUCAUUGCAAAUGGUGCAGCAUUUCUGUUUUAUAAGGUAACAUUCAAGCCAAAGUCCAUCAAAUGUUCUUUGGCAAUGAAAAUGUGUCAUUCUGCUUUGUUGAAACUAAUAUAUGUUUGGAGGCCCAUCUGUUAACAUUUUAAGCUAAGUUCCAUCAUUUGUCUUAUGAUAUCUUUGUUCGCAAUCAAGUUGUUCUGUGCUGAAUCUUUUGAAACUAAUAUACUUUCGAGGCCCCUCUUCAUAUUUGUAAUCUAGUAUUACCCUGACUAUGAUUCCCUAUUGAAGUUUGUUCUUUCAUACUUCAUAGGGCUUCCUUUAGUAAAGCUUCAUCAUGUGGCCAUAAUCAUUAUUUGUUGCCUAAGUUAUGUCUUAUGUGCAUUUUCUAGGUUAGGACCUACCUUUUUCUUUUGUAGCUCAAGGUCUGCUUAAUCUUAGGAUCAGUGACCAGCGGUAGUUUGAGUCUAACUAGUUUGUUAAGUGAACAAAAGUUGUUUUUGACUAUGACAAUUUAAAUUGAUGAAUGCAUAAGAAUAGCUUUACUAGAUCUUGUAACAAGGGAUUUGAUGGCUCAUAGCUUAACUACUGAUAUUGUCCUCAGCAGAGCUAAAUGGUGGGGGCGAAAAAUCAUGUAGCUGAUGAUGAUUACGAAGUUUUCUGGCUUGUUGUUCUUGUUAUUGUGUGCUACUCUUCAUUGGCAACAAAAAUAACACGGUCAUAAUGUCCCAGCUAUUUACUGCAUAAAAAAUCAUAUUUUUGGUUAAAUUUAGAGGAUUUAAAUCAGUUUAUAAUUUCUAAUAAGAUCUUUUUAGGUAUCUCUAUACCUCCCCUUGUAUCAUUAACAUUAAUUAUUUCAUAUUUUCUAAUUACAACAUCGGGUCUCCUUCACGUAUGGUUGAAUUAUCUUACACAAGUCUCCUUCAAUUUAUCCAACAUCGGAGCUACACCUAAUUGUUCAUGAUAAGAAUGUCUUUUUUCCUAUUUUUCCUUGUAAUUCUAUGUAUCCACCUUAAAAUUCUUAUCUCAAUACCAUAAGCUUUUAUAUGUAUGUUGUUUCUUUCUUAACCGUGCAAUACUUAGAUCCAGAAAGUAUCACUGCAAUUCCAAAAUUCAACUACCUUUGAUGAGUAUCCGUGUAAAUUAGCUGCACAUUCCUUUUUUUGUUCAGUGAAUUUUUUAUAAUCCUAAUAGUUUCUUCUUAGUUUAAAUCACGUGAUUUUUGUGUUCCUUCAGUCAACUCAUCUCAUAGUUUUCUCCCUUCUUUCUAACACAAUUUUAUUGACUUUGAAUAAAACUUCCAUAUAAGUUACUUGCAGUUCAUAUAAAAUUCUGCGAAGUAAACCUUUAGAAUAACCUAAUGAUCUAUUAAUGGAGUGAUUCGUUCAUAUACUACAAGUGGACUGAUUUUAUUCGUAUUAUUGGAAUGUAUAUAUUUGAGUACUGAACCCAGUCCAUAGAGAUUGCACAUGCUAUAGUGCACUAGUAGCUUGGUAUGUGCUUGUUGAGUUCUUAUCAUUGUGGCUUGUGAAGCAUGAGACAUCAAGAAAAUAUGAAGGCUAUCAGUUCAAGUGCAUGCUACUGCUGCAGACAUGGCCUGCUAAAGUAGUUCAUUUUUUUGCUUUAAUGUCUUUUCCUUUUUCUUAGAGUUGACAUACAGAUUCAGAAGUCAUUGUUGUCUUACUCAAAGAAUAUUGAAUUUUAAAAAUUAUUUUAUAAUAUAUUAUGUAAAUUUUGCCUUGUAUAAUAUUUUUCUAUGUUCGUGAACAAUUAGGUAUCGUUUUGAUAGAAGAUAAGAGAAAAUUAUUUCAGAUUGUAUGAGCAUGUGCUUAGGAGACCUUCGGAUACAAUGAUCAAAAGAGGUGAAAUGAUUAAUGUUAGUGAUACGAACAGAAGUAAAGGAAGAUAUAAAGAAACCCUUAUAGAAGCUAUAAAUAAUUUAACUAAAUAUAUGAUUUUUUGCAGAUCUCAAUGAUAGUAAAAGAUCUAUAUAAUCGGCCUCAAAUAAUUGAGAUUUUCAACUUUGUUUUUGUUGUUG